AUGGUGGAAUCCGGUGAGUUGUUGGUGGAGUCUGAUGAUGAGAAUGUGGAGAACAACAUGAUCAUUCUGGACGAUGAAAAUAUUGGAGUUGAUGAUCUGAUAGUGCCUGCAGUUGGUAUGAAAUUCAAAGAUGAAACGGAAGUCUUCGACUUUUAUAAAAGAUAUGGUUAUGCCGUUGGUUUCCCAGUUCGGAAACGAAAUUCGAAAAAAGACGACGACGGGGUUUUGAGAUAUGUGACCUUGACAUGUAGUCGUGAAGGUCGUCGAAGUAGUACUACAAGCGGUUCUUUGAAGCCUCAACCAACAAUUCAGACUGAUUGUAAAGCGAGGAUCUCUGCAUCUUUCGAUGUACUUGGUACCUGGAGAAUAAAUACAGUCCACCUUGAGCAUAAUCAUAAAACCAGUCCUUCAAAGUCCAGAUUGUAUCGUUGUAAUAGAGAAUUGAGUGCACAAGUAAAGCGGAGGCUUGAAGUUAAUGAUACGGCAGGAAUUCCAUUGCACAAAAGUUUUAACUCUGCCGUUGUUGAAGCAGGUGGGUAUGAGAACUUGACAUGCGUAGAAAAGGACUGUCGGAACUAUAUUGAACAAGUGCGGCGACUAAGACUCGGAGAAGGAGAUGCCGUAGCCAUACAGUCCUACUUUUCAGAAAUGCAAGUGCGAUGCUCGGGCUUUUACUUUAGUAUUGAUUUGGACGACGAAUCGCGGUUGAAGAAUGUGUUUUGGGCGGACUAUCGAUGUAGGCAAGCAUAUAGGGAGUUCGGGGAUGUUGUUACGUUCGAUACCACUUACCUCACAAAUAAGUAUGACAUGCCCUUUGCCCCUUUUGUUGGCGUAAACCAUCACGGCCAAUCAACACUGCUUGGAUGUGGUUUGAUAUCGAAUGAGGACACGAACACUUUUGUGUGGCUGUUCAGGACAUGGCUUAAAUGCAUGCAUGGUCAACCUCCGCAUGGAAUAAUUACCGAUCAGGACAGGGCUAUGCAAAAUGCUAUUGAGGUUGUUUUUCCACAUACAAAACACAGGUGGUGUUUAUGGCAUAUUUUGAAGAAAUUACCUGAGAAGUUUGGAUAUCACGUGGAUAAGGGUUUGAUAUUCUCGACUAUUCAUGAAUUGGUAUAUGAUUCACAAUUUAUUGAACAAUUUGAACAAGGUUGGAGAGUAAUGAUCGAUACGUUUGAGUUGCAUGACAAUGACUGGUUGUCGGGAUUGUAUGAGAAUAGAGGACGUUGGGUUCCUUGCUACUUCAAAACAACGUUUUGGGCUGGGAUGUCGACAACACAGCGAAGUGAGAGUAUGAACGCCUUCUUUGAUGGUUAUGUGCAUGCCAAGACUUCAUUGAAACAAUUCGUCGAACAGUAUGAAAGAGCACUACGAAAUAAGGUUGAAAAGGAAUUUCAGGCUGAUUUUAAGUCUUUUUCACAGAUGGUACCAUGUGCUACAACAUAUGAAAUGGAAAAGCAAUUUCAGUCAGUCUACACCAUUUCCAAAUUUCGAGAAGUUCAAGCUGAGUUUACGGGAAAAGUGUACUGUGACCUUAUAUCUGCUUCGCAGGGACAUUUUGGGAUGACGUAUGAAGUACGAGAGGAUGUUGUGUGUGGCAAUCGCCGAACCAAAAAGACAUUUCGAGUAGUCCUUCAGAAAGAUACAUGUGACAUUACUUGCAGCUGCCACCUGUUCGAGUUUCGGGGAAUAAUUUGCAGACACACGAUCGCAGUGUUGAUUCGUAAUGAUGUUACCAUACUACCGAGCCGCUACAUAUUGAGGAGAUGGAGGAGAGACGUAAGUAGAGCACAUACGAGGGUACCAGUUAAUUACGUUGGUUUGCCCAGUGGUAGGGAGAGGUUUUGUGCACCUAGCAUUAACUCUGGCCAGUUGGUUUCUGUUACUUUUCUGGAUUUUGAUGAGCUUUUGCAAGAUUUUAUGACUAGCCAGUUUCUGGUAGCUUUGCUGGAUUCAACAUAUGCAGACAAGGAUUUUAUUCAAUGA